AUGCCCGUCAAAUCUCGCUGGCAAUGCGCCAUCCCUCAAUGCUCCUUCCCCACCUACGUCUUCACCUCUCCGACGCACCCACUCCCCAAAGCACCCCUCUACAUCGAUGCCCUCUCUCCAACAAAUCAUUACCUCACCACACACUCCUACCGCAGUACCGUGGUGCGUAUCGCCUCUGGCCUCAUCUCCUGCGGCCUCUUCCCCGGCGAUCGUGUGCUCCUCUACUCGGGCAACAACAUCUAUUUUCCCACCGUGUUCACGGGCAUCAUCGCCGCCGGUGGUAUCUUCACGGGCGCGAAUCCCACGUUCACUGCGCGCGAGCUAGCAUAUCAGUUGAAAGACUCCGAGGCCGAGUUUUUACUCGUAAAUGUAGGAUCGAUUGAUGUGGGGAUUGAGGCGGCGAAGAUGGUGGGGUUGGAUCCGGAGAAGGUUUUUGUGUUUGAUGAUGGACUAUAUGUGGAUGAUGAGGGCGGCAUCGUGAAGUGGACGACAAGGGAGAGGGUCAAGGGUGUGAGGCAUUGGAGUGAUAUUGUCAUGGCGGGGAAUGAUAAGUUUGCUUGGGAAGAGUUGAGCACCGAGGAGGAGGUGAAUAGAACAGCGGCGAUCAAUUAUUCGUCUGGUACCACCGGCGUCCCAAAAGGAGUAGAAAUCACACACCGUAAUUUCGUCGCAAACGCCCAGCAAAAUGUCCAUGUCCGCAACCAGAGCCAAAAGCCCUACGUGACACCGCACUGGCUCUGCGCCAUUCCCAUGUACCACGCAUACGGGCAAACGUAUUACGCCACAAUAGCCCCUGUGCGUAAAAUAACCACCUGGAUCCUGCCUAAAUUCGACUUCCACACCUUCCUCUCCUGCGUGGAACAGUUCAAGAUAACCAACAUCAGCGGCGUCCCGCCUAUCAUGGUUGCGCUCGCAAAGCACCCCGAGGUCGCAAAAUACAACCUGAGCUCCGUCGUCAAUCUGGGCUGUGGCGCCGCGCCAUUGAGUCGAGAGAUUAGCCGUGCGGUGGAGGGGCGGGUUAGCCGGGGCCGGGGCCUGAAGGAGAAUAUCAACCUGAAGCAAGGGUGGGGAAUGACUGAGGCGACAUGUUCAGUUAUGGGCUUCCAUCCGGAUGAUAGGGAUGAAGAUGGGUCUAUCGGCGAGGUGUUCCCGAACUGUGAAGGAAAGAUCAUGGAUGCGGAGACGGGGACCCAGGAGCUGUCUGUUGGCGAGAAAGGCGAGAUCUGGGUUCGGGGCCCGAAUGUCAUGAAGGGGUACUACAAGAACUCGAAGGCCACGCGGGAGACCAUCACAGAGGACGGAUGGUUAAAGACCGGCGACAUCGGGUACUACAAUGAGCGGAAGAAGUGGUUUAUCGUUGACCGGAAGAAGGAACUUAUCAAGGUUAAAGGAAACCAAGUGGCACCAGCGGAACUAGAAGGGCUUCUACUGGAGAACCCCGGGAUUGCUGAUGCGGCAGUCAUUGGGAUUGCCUAUGCCGAAGACGAAAGACCACGAGCCUACAUCGUGCUCAAGCCCGGCGCCUCACUAAUACCCGAUGACGUGAAGAAUGAUAGUGAAAGACGUUCCCAGGAAUCCGUCCGGGAAGAUAUUGAAGAAGGUGCUACGAGAAAGGGCAAAGACAGAAGUGGUGGAUACGGCGGACCACAGGGCGAAGCUGUGAGGAGUAUAUAUAUAUUUAGGUAUCCGCGCUUGUAUAUAUAA